AUGGCUUACAGUGCAGCUAAAGGGAGGGUCCGAAGACGCAGCAGAGACGAAUCUCCAACAGUUUCAGAUGCUUCGGUUCAGGACUUCAGACUAGUGCUGGUUGGAAAAACUGGUGCAGGAAAGAGCUCCAGUGGUAACACUAUAUUAGGAAGAGAAGCCUUCAGAGCACCAAACAAACACUCCUCAGAGACAGUUGAAUGCUCCAAGCAAAGAGAAAACGUUUUCAGUCGGAUGGUUUCUGUUGUAGACACACCCGGCCUCUUUGACACCUAUCAGUCUGAGGACAAAGUUAUGAGAGAAAUCUCCAAAUGCAUCAACAUGACGGCUCCAGGGCCACAUGCCAUUUUACUAGUGAUCAGAUUUGGAACCUUUACACAAGAGGAAAAAGAGGCUGUGAUGAAGGUGGAGCAGAUCUUUGGAGAGGAGGCCUGGAAGUACACCAUCAUACUCUUCACCCAUGGUGAUAAGGUUAAGACUGAUUUUGAUACAAAGAUAAAGAAAGCUCCACCUGAACUGCAAGAGAUCUUAAAGAAGGCUGGAAACAGAUACCAUUUGUUCAACAACCUCCGUGUAAGUGAUCGUCGACAAGUUCGGACCCUGUUGGAGAAGGUCCAGAAGAUGGUAGAUGACAAUGGAGGACAGUUUUACUCAAAUGACACCUAUGAAGAAACUAUGAAGACGUUGGAUGAGAGAGAACUGAAAAUCAAAGAGUACUAUGAGAAAAUACUGGAGGAGAAAGUCAAGGCUCUUCAGGCAGAGUAUGAGGAUCGACUGAGAGAAGCUCAGGAGGAACGUGACCAGGUGGUGGCAGAGCUGGAGUCUGAGCUGGAGGAGUUGAGGCGAUACUACGGUGCCUUAGAGAGCGGAGUGCGUCAGGUUUUAGAGCAGAUGACCAAAGAUGAUGACUAUGGUGAACUGUGCAAACAAUAUCAGGAAAUCCUGAAACUGAACUGA